GCGACAGGCCCACACCACAGUGCUCGGUGCACGCGACGGGACAGGACACGCCAGAGCGGUGCUGUGAGGAGCCCCCGCACAGCGAACUCGAUUGUGUCUGACCCGGAGCUUCUCUGAGCUGUCAUUCCUGCAGGUGACCUCAAGGCCAGACCACAGGACUUGGUGACCUGUGGCCUUGCCGAGGCUUAUCUUCUUAAGGUGCCCUCGAGGGCAGACUGUGGGACCUGGUGACCUGGAGCUUUUCCGAGGCAUCGCCCAUCCCUGCAGUCACUGCCCUUGAGACCAGGGCACAAUCCUUGAGGAGGAGCCUCCUGUCCUUGUGGCAGGAGCCCUCAAGACCCGAGUGCAGGACUUGCUGUCCUGCAGUCUUUCCAGGACUUGAGUCUUGCAGGUGCCUUCCAGGCACGACUGCAGGACUCCUUGCCUCGGAGCUUUUCCGAGGCAUCUCUUGCAAGUACCAUAAAUCCAGGCACUGCCAUGGAGCAGCGACCCCCAAGAGUUCCCAAGCUGGCCUGGGUGCAGGAGGAGGAGGAAGAAGAAGGCCCUGGAGCUGCCCCAGAGGUAGAGACUGAAGAGAUGCAGGAAUUCCAGCCGCUGGAGGAGGGAUGGGAGAGUGUUGGAGAUCUGGAGCAGCGACCGCCAAGAGUGCCCAAGCUGGCCUGGGUGGAGAAGGAGGAGGAAGAAGGUCCUGGAGCUGUCCCAGAAGUGGAGACUGAAGAGGUGCAGGAGUUCCAGCCGCUGGAGGAGGAUGCAGCCGUGGACCAGACACAAGAGCAGGACCUUGCCUGUGGCCUCUUCCACAAAACACCUGCACAGGAAGAGACCAGCGUCAUGGGCACUGGGUCCAUGGAAGAUGGUGACGUCUACACCAGCGACACCAGUGCUGCCAUGCUGGAAUUCAUUUUGGAGGAGGGUGUUUCCAUUCCAGAGCAAGUGCCUGCCAUGGUGAGGUACAUCCACCAGUGCCUCAUGGCCAAUGAGUCUGCUGACUCCAGGCUGGGCAGGACCCUGCUGGAUCUGACCGAGGCACAGCCCGCUGACGUGGUCACUGCUCUCCUGCGUGUGGCCCCAACGUGUGACAGAGCUGCAGUGACCAUGUGGAAGACCAUCAUGUGCUCGAGCAGGACUGUGGAGCCAGUGAUGCAGAUACUCCUCGAUGUGCUGAGAACCUGGCCAGAGCACAGCAAGUGCACCUCUGAUGGGGACAACACGGGUGUCUUUGCCCUGGCUGUGAGUUUCUGCAACUGGCCUUUGCUCACCCCAUGGCCAACCGCCUCUCCAACAGCUCUAUUUCCUCCUUCUCCCACCGCAUCUCCCUGCUUCAGGGACUGGGCUGAAACCUGGCCUAGGGGCAGCUUCAGGGGCACCAGGCGUGGAGCUCCCCAAGGCUUUCCCCUGGCCUUGCCCUGCCGCGCUCAGGCCCUGCCACACAGAUACCUUGGCACUGGGCACUAUCCCUGGGUGCUUUGUCCUCU